GAGAGCAAUAAGUUGUAGAAUGGGCGAGGGCGAGGAGUUUAUUGAGCUUAGAUUCCGGUUGUAUGACGGGAAAGAUAUAGCGCACGGUACUUACAAGUCGUCUAUGACUGUUUCAACUCUUAAGCAAAAGAUUGUUGCAGACUGGCCCCAAGGCAAUACGGUCACACCAAGAUCAUUAAACGAUUUGAAACUCAUACAUGCUGGUAAAGUUCUGGAAAACAACCAGACCCUGGCUGAUUGCACCAUAACAAUGGGUGACCUCCCGGAUGAUGUUAUCACCAUGCACGUGCUAGUGAAGCCUUCUAGAUCUAAACGAAGGACAGUUUCGUGGACUUCUCUUUCUUGA